CACAUCAUUAUUUUUGUUAUUAAGCUAGAUGUUGCUCAUUGUUUUGUCUUCUACCAACAAGAGAUCUCUGUUCUGGAAAAGAAGGAAACAAUCUUUAAAAACCAAAGGGAGAGACAAUGAACCAGAACUUGGACACGUAAAAGGAGAGUAUGGAUCCGAACCUUUGCUGAAUGAAGACGCCAUCGAACUAAAGAGAUGAAUAUCGUAUUGGGGACAGAUUCUGGAUCUCUGGAAAUAAAAGAAGAACCAGAGGAACUAGAACCGCAACAAGUUAAAGAAGAUUAUGAUCAAUCAGAAUUUCAGCACAUGGUAAAAAUUGAGGUUGAAGACAUCAGUCAGGAUGAAAACCAGGAUGUACUGAAGCAGGAGAGGGAUCCCUUAAUGGGAGGAGAUUAUGCACCUGUUGAACUCAAACAGGAACCAGUAGAACUCAAAUCUAAACAAGUGAAGGAAGAGGAGCAUGGAUCAGGACCUCAGCAGAUGGCAGAGAAAGAGGCUGGAAGCAUCAGUCAGGAUGAAAACCAGGAUAUACUAAAGCAGGAGACUGAUAAUUUAGUCCUAGACUCUUCUGAUAAUGAUACAGACCAACAACAACCACCAGAUGUAAAUGGAAACCAAAUCCUCUUACAGAACUUCUCUAAAGUAGAGCUUCAGGAAAUACAGACUCAUGAAGCCUCAGGAUCCAGUAAAGAUGAUGGGCAACAGAAAAUGGCUCAGAAAAGUGAUGAUGCAGAGAAAGGGAUGAAGGGCAGGAAAAUUCAGAAUGGUAAACAAUGUAAAGUGUGUGGGAAAUGUUUUAAAUGUAAUAGUGAUUUAAGAGUUCACAUGAGAAUUCACACGGGUGAGAAGCCUUUCUUAUGUCUAAUCUGUGGGAAAUGUUUCAAUCACAAACAUAAUUUAAAUAGCCACAUAAGAAUCCACACUAGUGAAAAGCCUUUUGCAUGUAAAACCUGUGGAAAAGGUUUUAAUCAAAAAAUUAGUUUGAAAUGCCACAUGAGAACUCACACAGGUGAGAAACCUUUCUCAUGUCCAACCUGUGGAAAAGGUUUCAAUCACAAACAUAAUUUGAAUAGCCACAUGAGUAGUCACACAGGUGAGAAGCCUUUCUCAUGUGUAACUUGUGGAAAAUGUUUCAUUCAGAAGUUUAGUUUGACUAUUCACACGAGAACUCACACAGGUGAGAAGCCUUUUUCAUGUGUCACUUGUGGAAAGUGUUUCCGUCAUAAACCUGAUUUGAAUCGCCACAUGAUGACUCACACAGGUGAGAAGAAGCCUUUCUCUUGUUCAAUCUGUGGAAAAGGUUUGGUUCAGAAACGUAAUUUGAGUGUUCACAUGAGGACUCACACAGGUGAGAAGCCUUUCUCAUGUACAACCUGUGGAAAAAGUUUCAUCCAAAAACGUAGUUUAAAUAGUCACAUGAUAAGUCACAGAAGUGAGAAGCUCUUCUCAUGUAUAAUCUGUGGAAAGGGUUUCAAUAAAAAAUCUAAUUUUACCUGCCACAUGAGGAUUCAUACAGGUGAGAAGCCUUUUUCAUGUUUAACCUGUGGUAAAGGUUUUAAUCAAAAAAGAUUUUUGAGUACCCACAUAACAACACACACAAGUGAGAAACCUUUCUCAUGUCUAACUUGUGGAAAAGGUUUUAUGCAAAAACAUAGUUUGAAUAGCCACAUGAGAUAUCACACAGGUGAAAAGCCUUUCUCAUGUUUAACUUGUGGAAAAAGUUUCAUUCAAAAACGUAGUUUGACAAGCCACAUGAGAUAUCACACAGGUGAGAAGUCUUUCACAUGUGGAACUUGUGGAAAGAGUUUCAAUAAAAAAUCUACUUUUACUAGCCACAUGAUAACCCACACAGAUGAGAAACCUUUCUCAUGUUUAACUUGUGGAAAAUGUUUUAUUCAAAAACGUAGCUUGACUAGACACGUAAGAACUCACACAGGGGAAAAGCCUUUCUCAUGUAUAAUCUGUGGAAAGGGUUUCUAUAAAAAAUAUAGUUUCACUUACCACAUGAGGAUUCAUACAGGUGAGAAACCUUUCUCAUGUAAGACCUGUGGAAAAGGUUUUAAUCAAAAACGAUUUCUGAAUACCCACAUGCUAGCUCACACAGGUGAGAAGCCCUUCUCAUGUCUAACCUGUGGGAAAAGUUUCAUUCAAAAACGUAGUUUGACUAGCCACACGAGAACUCACACAGGUGAGAAGCCUUUCUCAUGUAUGACCUGUGGGAAAAACUUCCUUCAAAAACGUGGUAUGACUAGCCACAUGAGAAUUCACACAGGUGAGAAGCCGUUCUCAUGUAUGACCUGUGGGAAAAGUUUCCUUCAAAAAUGUAGUUUGACGUGCCACAUGAGAUCUCACACAGGUGAGAAACCUUUCGUAUGCGGAACUUGUGGAAAAGGUUACAGUCGUAAACAUAGUUUGAUUAAGCAUCUUACAACUCACAAAAUAGAAUCCUUUCCCAUUUCAUACUUGUAAUAAAGUUCUCUGUAGUUGUAUUUUACCUACUGAAACUUGUAAAAAUGUAAUUAGAAACUGUUUUCAAAAUUACCCAUACAAGUCAGAAGGAUUUAUUGUUAUUAAUCUUGCUGCUGAAUUCAAAGACAUUUAAAUUCUCUUACAUUUGUGCGAAUCUUUGAAUAAUUAAACCUACUUUUGCAGAUAAAUAUUAUAACUUUUGAGAUCUGUGCUCAGAUUUUCAGACUUUCUGGCGCUCUCACAUUGUUUAGACCUGGCAUGUACUUGUUCUGGUUCCUUUAACUGGCAAAUUUAGCUUGAGACCCCCGGCAUAGAUACGUGUUAAUAAUUAUACAUGAUAGUAAUGACGCUUUGACCUCACAAUACAAACUCUGACGUAAGAAAGUGGGUCUAUUGAGAGUGAAAAAACAACUGAAGAUGUAACAUAAAUGCACCAAGCAGGCGACUGGCUACAAAAGCGGCAUCAGAAGAUGUUCCUUUAAAUGAGUCUGAGAUGGGAAUGAGGAAACAUUUGGUUUCAGUUUUGGUCUAAAUAUUCAGUUCAAUCUGCAAAUAGAAUAAGACAUAAUAGUGCUACCCCUGAAGUAGGUGGAAUCUGAACUCAACAGUUGGGUGUAGGCCUGUCGCGAUAAACGAUAAAUCAAUUAAUCGCACGAUAAAUUAAACCUAUCGACCUCAUUUUAAUUAUCG